AUGGGUCAACAGAUGGAAAACCAGAAGAGAAAGAAGGUGCUUGUGGUCGGCGCUGGAGCUGCAGGUAUGAGCUGUGCUCACCAUCUCGCCGAACAGCCCGACAAGUUCGACGUCACGCUCGUGGAUGCUGUCGACUACUGCGGUGGUCAGGCAUACAGUAUCCCCAUCGAUAAGAACAAGUAUGGCGCCAGCUGGCUCAAUCAAGGUGUCCAAGGUGGCUCGUACAUUUUCCACCACACCAUGACCAUGUUCGCACGCCAGGGACACCAUGCCGAUCCCGUCAAGCUGCAGGUCUCAUUCGGAAAGGACGAGCAGUUCUGGACCAACGUGUACUCGACUAUGAUGCUCAAGAAGCAUGAAAAGGAGGUCAGACGCUUUUAUUACAUGAUCAAGAUCAUUCGUUGGUUCGAGAUCUUCUUCGCCCUGAUACCCAUCAAGCAUGUGGUCAAGCUCUUCAUGUUCUCUGAAGAAUUUGCCAAUGUCGUCGCUCUACCCAUGAGACUGUGCACAAGUCCCACCUACGGCAUGUGGUACCCAACAGACAAGGCCAGUGUAGCCAGCAACAUGCCCCCCAUGGUUGUCUUCCCCAACUUCAGCGAGUUCUACAGCGACUGGAAGACCAGUCUCGAAAAGAAGGGCGUUCACAUUCGUCUCUCUACCGAAGUCACCCAAGUCGUGCGUAGAAACAAGGAUGGCGUUGACGUCAAGAUCAUCAAGCGAACACCUGCCUCGGACGGCCAUACCCAAGACAGCGCCUGGGUGCCCAACACAGUUGAAGGCGCAAACGGCGACCCUAAUGCUACCGAGAUGGAAGAACACUACGACGAAAUUGUGCUCUGCGUGCUUACUGACACCGCCAAACGCAUUCUCAAGCCUUGCGCAACCUGGAGAGAGAACAAAGUCUUGGGAUCCGCCAAGUUCGCCAACGACAUCACGAUUACCCAUUCAGAUGCAGACUACAUGCGCAAGCACUACGAGAUGGAGUUCAACGAAGAGCAGGCUGUGCAAACCUUGAAUGGCGUCGACCAAUCGUCCCGCGUCAACUUUGCCCGCAAGAGCUUCAAGCCCAUGUACUUGAUCAAGAUGUAUCCUUCCGACCUCACAAAACUGGAAAUGAGCUUCAAUUGCUCAAACUACCAGUCUCAGUUCCCUCCUGACACACCUUUGGACAACGCGGUUUUCCAGACCAUCUUCCUUAACAACGACAGAGAUUCGCACCUCUGGUCUAUCGAUGAGAUUGACGAGUCAAAGAUCAUCCGCAAGGAUUGGUGGCACCAACUUUGCCACUCGUUCACUCACUACCUCUUCGUCGUACCCUGGAUGUGGGCCCUCAACGGCAGAAACCACACCCGCUUCGCCGCAGCUUGGACAAUGGUCAACGCUCACGAGGUCGCUUGUAUCUCUGGUAUUGCCGCCGCCGUCGACUUGGGCGCCACAUACCCUGAGGAUCUCGAGCGCGAUAACUUUGCUCUGUUGUCAUUCAGAUUGUACUAUCUGCUUGCGUACGGCAAGUGGUAUAAGAAGAGAUACAGCGGUAAGAACAGCAAGGAGAGCUACUCUAGCGGUCCCUACGGCUCGGUGUACCAGGGCCCUGGUGUUGCUAGUGAGGAGCGUACAUGCUGGAGGAAGGAGGUGGAGAAUGGCCGCGCUUUGAAGGAUUUUAGCAUGGCCAAGUCUGAUUAG